UCCUCCGAGGACAAUUUUCCUCUCCUUCACAGAGGAUAAAAUCAAAGUAAAAUGUACUUACAUGUACUGGUUGAUGCUGCGUGAAUCUCCUCAACUGCACAGGUGGCUAUGCUUCCUUUCAGAUUGAUUCCUCUCAGGUGUGUUGCCUCGACGAGAGCUCAACUGGUUAUGAGGUCCAGAAUUCAAGUUGAGAGGUGAGAAAAUGCUGUGAAAACAAUGAAAUAUUUAAUAACUGAUAAUAUUAGAAAUCAAUCGAGAGGCGAGAAUGCUAUUCAAAAAAUGUUUGAGUGAGCCCUAUGUUGAAAUGGUGUGAAAACAAUGAAAUAUUUAAUAACUGAACUGAAAUCAAUAAGCAUCAUGAGAGUCUAUUCAAAAUAUGUUUGAGUGAGUUGACAUGGAGGAGAUUUUUUUCAGCUUCUAGCAGGUGUUUUCACUGUCCCAUGCAGAGUUCUAGACGAGUUUUUUUUUUCGUCUUCUGACACAUGUACAAGGAUGCUAUUCGAAAAAUGAUUGAGUGACAGUUUUUUGUGAUAGGAGAGAGAAUACUUACAAAUCUGAAUGUUGCCGAUAACGAUGUGGGAGCACGUGUUGUAGGGGAGAAAUUUGAAUUUUUUUCGCCUUGUAGCACGCUCUCGCUCGCAUGAGCCUGGAACAGAGAGAGAAACGUAUGAUAUAUAAACAGAAGUAAUGAGAGGAAAAUUAACAUUUACAUCUGAGUCUACUUUGAGUGCACUUCACGAUGAGUUCUCCAUCAACAUCUUCUCCAUCAUAUGUGCUGCCAGAUAGCCCACCAGCACACCAGCAUGUGCUCAACUAUUGGCAGCGCAAAGCUGCCAUCGCUGCUGCUGAGUCGUCCGCUGCUGCACCCGCUCCGCUGGAACCACCAUCGCCGGGCGGCGAGAUCGUGGUCGGGGACAGCCCUAUUCAACGCUUGGCUCCAGCUGCUACCUGGGCACCGUGGCGAGCGGUGCUAACUACUCUACCGAACAACAGGCAGAAGCAGGGGAAGCGGAAGUUGACGUUUGAGGAGGAGGCUGAAGUUAGCGGGGAUGAGGACGAGUCAAUCUUCUCACAAACAAAGAAACAUGCUGGAAUGGACGAGAACUCAUCCAUGCUCCCACUGAUGAAGGAGCUGCGACGAAGGGAGGAGGAGGAUGAGAUGGAGUUCGUAACAAUUGUAAAUGCACCAACGCCUAAACCGUGGAUCCCGCUGAGGGAAUUGAAGUUGCGCACUCCCUACCCCAUAGUUGGCGUGAGGGAGCAAACGAACAUCCAUGGCCGUCGCAUAAUUUUAAAAAUCGUUAAUGCAGGAAGCGGAUGUGAGGUGUAUUUACCUCAAAGAUUCGCUUCCUGCAUUGACGCAGGAAAGAUUCAACAUUUUAAUAAAACUUGUAAAAAUUAUGUGUUGCUAGUAACACAUAAGUCACCAAAUUGGUCAGAUAUAAAAAUUGUUAAGCAAUAACAAUUUUUAUGUCUGUAUACAAUUCGUCGACCUAUGUGUUACGAAUUGUAUAGAUGAAUGUAUGAAUAAAUUGUAAUAUUGUUUCUAUAAAAAUUGUUUUCAAUUCUUACCUGUUCACAAUGAAUAGUAGA